AUGCCACCCAAGACAGCUCGCAAGACAGGACUGGGCAGCGCGCAAAAAGGCAAGGUGCGCAAGACAACCGCCGCGCCCGCCGCCGAUGGAGAUGGAACACCAACAAAAGCACGCAAGACGAAGGGAGGAAAGCAAUCAAAAGUCAACGCUAACGUCCAACCCGGAGACCCAACCCCCACAGGCCGGCGCCGGCGCUACAAGCCCGGCACCGUCGCAUUGAAAGAAAUCCGCCGCUACCAACGCUCCUACGACCUCCUAAUCGCCAAACUCCCCUUUGCACGCUUAGUCCGCGAAGUCGCACUCGAUCUCCUCCCCGCCGACGUCGGCGCAGAGUUGCGCUGGCAGUCGCAUGCUAUCCAAGCUCUGCAGGAGGCCGCCGAGGCUUUCCUUGUUCAUCUUUUCGAGGAUACAAAUCUCUGCGCGCUGCACGCGAAGCGCGUUACUAUUAUGCAGAAGGAUAUCCAGCUUGCGCGGAGAAUUCGCGGUGUCUGGGCUGGGCUUGGUUGA